GAUCCUGGAUCUCGCAGCAGCAGUCCGUCGCUGCAGUCCCUCGGAGCGGCCAGUCAUCACCAGCCUCCACCACCCCUCCCUCUCCUCCUCCUCUUCUUCCUCCUCCUCCUCCUCCUCCACCACCACCACCACCACCACCACCCCCCCGUCCGCUUCAACGUCCGCCGGAGCUGUAACGCUCUGUGGCUCUGAGCGAGGCGGCGAAACGGUUUCACCGCCACCGGGUUGCAGCGCGUUUGACGACGGUGCUCGGACACCCCGUGGACAUGAGGACGCCCGCUCCAGCGACUUCUUCCAGCGGGGAGGAUCGGGAACCCUGACUGGGGUCGUUUUGUUUUCCUUCCGCCGAGCAGAUGAGAAAAAGAAUCGUCAUGACCGUUUUCCACACCUCCACUGAGGGACCUCGGCCCCUUCCGGUUUCUGGACUUAUUGACGCCGGGAUGAGAUAAUAAAGUGGAACAGCUCGUGCAUGACGCUACGACGACACCUGUAGCACCCGUGAACCCCCCUGCCCCCUCCCCUUCCCCUUCCCCUACCCAAGCUAAGUUCAAGUCAACGGUCAGAACAUGACGACGCCGGCUCUCCUGCCGCUGUCGGGCCGCAGGAUACCCACGCUGUCGCCGGGCGCCUCGUCCUUCCCGCACCACAGGGCCACGUUGAGGCUCUCCGAGAAGUUCAUCCUGCUCCUCAUCCUCAGUGCCUUCAUCACCUUGUGCUUCGGGGCCUUCUUCUUCCUCCCGGACAAUUCCAAGCACAAGCGCUUCGACCUGGGCUUGGAGGACGUGCUCAUCCCUCAUAUUGACUCGCCCAAGGAGGGGAAGCACAUCUCUGGACAGGUGGUCAUACAUGGACAGGGAGGACAUGACGAGCACAGGCACAGGGAGGAGGAGGAGAGCCUGCGGGACAAGAUCCGGGCGGACCACGAGCGCGCGCUGCAGGAGGCCAAGGAGAAGCUGAGGAAGUCCCGCGAGGAGCUGCAGGCCGAGAUCCAGACGGAGAAGAACAAAGUGAUGGAGGACCUGAAGAAGAAGGACGCGGGGCCCAAGCCUCUGCCCCCCGUCCCGCUGCCCAAAGUGGUGGGCGUCAGCGACGGGGAGCCCCCGGAGCCCGACGCCAAAGAGCGGCGCGACAAGAUCCGAGAGAUGAUGAAGCAUGCGUGGGACAGCUACCGACAGUACGGCUGGGGCCACAACGAGCUGAAGCCGCUCGCCAAGAAAGGACAUUCCACUAAUAUCUUCGGCAACUCUCAGCUGGGGGCGACCAUCGUGGAUGCCUUAGACACCCUCUACAUCAUGGGUCUGCACGACGAGUUCAAGGACGGCCAGGACUGGAUCGAGCAGAACCUGGACUUCGGAGUGAAUGCUGAGGUGUCGGUGUUCGAGGUCAACAUUCGGUUCAUAGGAGGCCUGCUGGCUGCCUACUACCUCUCUGGACAGGAAAUGUUCAAGCUGAAGGCGGUGCAGCUAGCUGAGAAGCUACUUCCUGCCUUCAACACCCCCACAGGGAUCCCCUGGGCCAUGGUCAACCUCAAAAGCGGCGUGGGGCGUAACUGGGGCUGGGCGUCGGCGGGCAGCAGCAUCCUGGCGGAGUUCGGGACCCUCCACAUGGAGUUUGUGCACCUCACCUACCUGACGGGGAACCCGGCCUACUACCAGAAGGUGAUGCACAUCCGGAAGCUGCUGGCCAAGAUGGACCGACCCAACGGGCUGUACCCGAACUACCUGAACCCCCGGACGGGCCGCUGGGGCCAGCACCACACCUCGGUCGGGGGACUCGGGGACAGUUUCUACGAGUACCUGCUGAAGGCGUGGCUCAUGUCGGACAAGACGGACACGGAGGCCCGCAGGACCUACGACGACGCCAUCGAGGCCAUCGAGCGCCACCUGAUCCGCAAAUCCAACGGCGGCCUGACGUUCAUCGGCGAGUGGAAGAACGGCCACCUGGAGAGGAAGAUGGGCCACCUGGCCUGCUUCGCCGGCGGCAUGUUCGCGCUGGGCGCCGACGGCUCGCCCGACGACAAGGCCGGACACUACCUGCAGCUGGGGGCCGAGAUCGCACACACCUGCCACGAGUCCUACGACCGGACAGUGCUGAAGCUCGGCCCGGAGGCCUUUAAGUUCGACAGCGGCCUGGAGGCGGUGGCCGUGCGGCAGAACGAGAAGUACUACAUCCUGAGGCCGGAGGUCAUCGAGACCUACUGGUACAUGUGGAGGUUCACCCACGACCCCAAAUACCGCCAGUGGGGCUGGGAGGCAGCGCAGGCCAUCGACAAGUACUGCCGGGUGAGCGGCGGUUUCUCCGGCGUGAAGGACGUGUACUCCUCCAACCCGACCUACGACGACGUGCAGCAGAGCUUCUUCCUGGCCGAGACGCUCAAGUAUCUGUACCUGUUGUUCUCCAGUGACGACCUGAUGCCGUUUGAGAGCUGGGUCUUCAACACGGAGGCUCAUCCGCUUCCUGUCCUCCAUCUGGGAAACAUCACGCUGCCCGGCAGCGAGCCGGCUCAGCGGUAAACGCCCCCCCCCCCCCAGCCAACACGCCAACACUGGAUGAACUGACACUGAGCCCCCCCCUCCCCCCCCCCCCCUCGAGGAGACGCUUCAUCUGUUUCGACCCAGAGCCUCCGUUGGCUUUUUCUCAUUUGCUUUUUUUAUUGUCGUUUCUGUUGUGGAUUUUUGGACCUGUGACCAAACCCGCCCUGCGGUCGGCGGCGCUCCCACUGCAUUGUGGGGAUUCUGUGGAGAGUCUUCACGGACGGGAGGACUUCGCGCGCCCUGUUGGGGAUUCGCAGUGCUUCUCAUUUGGACAAAUCGGGAUCCUGCUGUCCGACCUUUAGAUGAACUUUGACCUUCAGCUGGGAGGGCAUUUCGCUCCUCCUCAUCUCCUCAUCCUCCUUUUUCCAAAAAGUGGACCCCUGCCCCCCCCCCCCCCUCCCCCUCCCUCUCUCACCCCUCCUCCGUCACCACGUCACCAACCCACAAUGCUUUGCUGCGCCUUGACAGAGUUUCUCUCGGCUCUUGUGUUGCCUUCUUCCGCUGUGAAGGGUUGAUUUGUGCACUUUGACUGGCGGGUUUCUGAGGGAGGGGGGCGCAGAGAAGGCCCCCCCCCCUCACUGUGAGAUGCAUGAGCUCGUCAUCCUACUGUUAUACUCUUAACGUUUCUCUCAUCACCACCAACAGCUCGACCCCUUGACGUCGUAUCAACUGAAUCCGGAAAUUCUUUAAAAGCUCUCGAUGCCAAAACAACUCGGAUAGACAUCUGGAAACUUUCAUUCACGAGUUAAAUGUACAAAAAAACUAAAUGUAUUGAGGCUUUCUUGGUCUUCAGUCUGUCUGAGAGGCAGCGGGGGGGGGGCACGAGCAGGGGGGCACGAGUCCGUUUAGAGGUCCAGUUUUCUCCCAUCAGCCCCGGCUCUGUGUAGAUUCAACCAAUAAUUAAACCCAAUUAAACCCAAACGCACUUCAUGAUGGGCUCAGUAACGCUGUGCAAUGAGUGUGUGUGUGUCUGUGUGCGCAUGGGGGGGGGGGGCACUCACUAGGCUUCCUCUGUGCUGCGUUCAAAGUCUUAGUUUUUGGCAGCACUGUUCUUUCUUCCGUUUUCCUUUGAGCACCAAACGGACAGAACGGGGAGUCUUCCUCCUCUUCUUCCUCCUCCUCCUCUUCCUCAUUCAUACAUAGUGAUAACCUUUAUUUAUACCUUUAUUAUGCACCUUCAGCACGGACUUAUAAAGCGCUUUGUGAGGUCCAAGCAGGAAUAAAAGCUGCAUAUUCAUAUGUUGAGGCAAUAGAGACACAACACAUCUUGGAAGUCAAAUAUUUCACAUUUUCUUCAUGUUGUGAUCUCAAAUGUUCCUGUCUGUAAAAAAAAAAAACAC